AUGAGCUCACCAAGCCCUUCACCUCCUAAAGCAAUUAAUCAGUGCUAUAUGUGUGGAUUAGCUCUCAAGAAAAAAGCAUCAGGAUUUGCAUGUGAGAGCUGUGGGAAAUUAGUAUGUGACGUUCAUUCGAAGAAAAAGAAAGAAAAUAAGCGGAUUUGCGACAAUUGUGAUAUUAGUUCAAAUUAAAAUAUGGUGCAUUAGCCUGACCAUGAGCUUCAAGCAUAUAUUUUAAUUUUAUACGGCAAGGUUUUGCCACCAGAAUGGACAGCUAUGCUAGGCAAAUAAUCCUAAUAUGUUUAGGGUAGCCUUAGUCGCUUUAAGGUGCUGGAUUUUACAUCGAGGGAAAGGGAAAACUUGGAGUUGGAAAGGUGAAGCCAACAAAGCUUUCUAGGCCUAUCGGACAAUUACCGAGUGUGAAACCAGGAGUUAUGCCCUGGCUGCAAGUUUUGCCGAGAGUCAGCCAGAAAUUCCAUUUUUUAGAAUUUUUAAGCAAACAGCCCGUCUGUAGUGCGGAACAGCGACCCAACCCACAUCGCUCUCCGUUCGGCGCAAAGCGAAUAGAAGUUAAGCCCUGGUGGGGCGGCGGUAGGCCCAAGGAAGCAAGGUGGAGAUGUGUACCCACAGGAGCUACAGGAGUUUCUCAAUAAUCUAACUUAAUGCUAAUCUUAAUUUGAUAUUAGCUCAAAGUGCAAUGAAUAUAGAAACUCUACAUCAGAUAGGAUUAAAGAGAUGGAGGACGAGCUGAAUGGAGUAAAAAAGCAUUCUCGGUCAUUUAUACACGAAAUUGCAGAGCUUGACAAUAAAAUUAUCUUGAUGACAAAAGGCUUAGACAAGAAAAAAGAAGAAUUUAAAUCCAAAGAAGACGGAAUCCAAGAAGUAAUCAACGAAGAAAAAAGAAGCAACGAAGAAAGGCUAAGAGCAAUAAAAAACCUUGACGAAGCCAUUGACACCAUGAAAGAGUCUGAAAAAGACAUAGAAAAUAAAUACUCAAAAUUAGAUAAAGAGGCUGACGAAAUCCAAGAAAAACUCAAAAAAGUUUUAGAAGAAAUCGAAUUUUUGGAAAAUUCACUGAAUAAAAAGAAAAGUGACGCAGAAAAAUGCCUAAGAUGGGACAGCGUCGAAAAGCUGAUUUGUAAAAAGUGUACAGAGAUAUUUGAAGCGCCUCCUGAUCGAAGAAGUGUUUUAAUGAGGGACGAUAAAGCUGGGCCUGCAAUAAGUGGCUGUAAAACAAUCUGUGUAAGCUUUUAA